AUGGAUUUACUUGGUCUAGUCUACGAAGUUAGAGACAGCCUGCUCUCCGGAAAGUUCAAUCACAAUGACCCACUCACAAAGAACGCUUUCACCACUGCGUUCCGCGCGAUGCAAGCGUCGCCACAAUCCUUUUCGGCUCUCGUUGACGGGUUAGAGGCAGUGAGACAAAUAGACCCUGACGAUAGCGAAUACGCGCGCAUACGCGAACGCUUACUGGCGGCGAAACAUGCCCGUCUCAUCGCUGCCCUCAGAGGUGUCGCCGAGGCUACAUCACACCGCCUGCGAAGCACAUAUCCAGCCGGGCAAUCGCCGAUAUUCCGUGUACCUGCAGAACUUCUGGCCAACAUCUUUGUACUUCUACAUGACGAGAGUCCCGAACGCGACAAGUUAUCCAUGUUCAUCCUCAAGACCCUACGUCUCGUAUGCAGACACUUCCGCGAUGUAAUAGAUAACCAGGCCGCUCUGUGGAACCCGGUCUUCAUCAACGGCGUGACGGAACGCGAGCAAACAGCCAUUCAGCGGACGAAGAACGCGCCAAUCAUCAUGCGCCUCCUGCCUAUACCCUCUCUGGUUGCUGGUUGGACGAAGUCGCUUCAGCAGGCAUACGCCCAAUUGCAUCGCGUACAACAUCUACAAGCCGAUUAUUCGCGGCUAUAUAUGUCGGAGAAGACACUUGCCUAUGCGAAUAUUACCGAAACGAUGCCUCCAGCUCCCAUGCUAGAGACGUUCCGCGUCCGCGGCCCUAACCGACCUCAUCCCAAACAUAAGUUCGUGCUGCAUGACAAGGUCUUCAGUGGACAAGUACCUUCGUCUAUCAAGGAAGUGGCCCUCGACCUUUGUGAAGUCAACACCCUUAUACUACUCGCUCCAUCAUUAGCCUCUCUAAAGCUGAAGGAGUGCGACAUCCGCGGCACUAUCAAUACGUUCAUGGACAGCUUAUCUCGGCUCCCCUCCCUCCGUUCCUUUCACUGGCACAACUCCACCUUUAUCGGAGUGGACGAGAAGCCGGACCCCUGGAUAUCUGCGACUCAUACCUCACGUUCGGUCGCGCUGACCUCUCUUCGGACAUUGAUACUACGCGACAAGAUACCCCGUGUCGCCAAACUACUGUCUCUCCUCGACUUGCCUGGAACGACGAACAUAUCCCUUCUCAUCCAGGAUUACAACCACGAGCAUGAAGACGGAAACCCGUACGCCUCUGUCCACGCAGCUCUCGAGCAACAUUUGACUCGCAAUGUUCCUUCCAACGGUGCUUUCCGCACAAUCACGUUCUCAGGGAAAGGUUAUGAAACCGGCGCGAUCAAUUUCCUCGCAGAGUCUUUCAACGCGGAAGAUGGUCCUGCAUCCCUCCAGUUCUGCAUUAUUCGGCCAGACGAUAACAGCCAUGUCCACUCUCGUUCCAUGCAGGAGAUCAUUUCCUGGCCUAUCUUCCACAGUGCAGCCACCACGCUCCGCAUCAAAAGAUACAUACAUGCUACAUCCUGGCCUCCUAUCAUCCGGUACUGCACUCAUCUAGACACUAUAGAGUUCGAGGACUCGGGGACAGUAUUAGGCUUUGGACAGACGUUGGCGGAUCACAGCGGCGAAGCUGGGGUGAGGCGUCCCCUCCUAACAUCUGGUCCCGAAGAGCUAGUUGUUGUCCCCCGUUUGCGCAAGAUUGUUUUACGACAAGAACGUCUCUCUAUCGCAAGCAUUUUCACACUCUUCGGAGGACCAGGCCCGGAUACUGCUCUGGGAGUCCUUAGCGAAGCGCUUCGUCGGCGACAGCGCGCAGGAUUCCGGCUUGAGCAACUAUCCAUCUUCGGUUGCGAUAUAUCCCAGCGUGGGUCAAUGCGACUGAAGAGAGAUGGAUGGUAUAAACGACUUCUAUGGGAUGGAAAACUAAACGGAGUGGACGAGCGUCGGGAGCCACAGUACCGCGAGACGCGCAGGCGGAUUCUUGGAAUACCACCAUCUGUACCGGAAUACAGCUUCGCUUCCGAUCUAUCUACCGACGCCGUCAAUCCCAUAUAG